AUCUAAAGCCAUAAGAAACCAGACCCAAUGAUCUAUACUGAAGGAAGGACAACAAUGGCACAGGAGCAAAGAAUACAACGCUGAAUGACAACCUUGACUUUAAAGCCAAGUGGAGAUAUCUCCUCUACUCCACUCUUCUUUUCGAAGAUGCAGACUCUGCCCUUGUGACCCGACAACAUGGGAUUCUCCGAGAAAGCGCUUGGGUCCAAUAGGAUCCUUUUCUUGAUACUCGUUUGUUUCGUUUUGAUUGAGAUUUCAACUGGUCUUGGUUUUGGUGGGAAUGAUCCAUUGAAGAUGAUUUUGGAGGAUUCGGAGAGUCAGUUUGCUUUCUCUAGCAGGAGCCAAGGGGUUUACAGCUCAGGUGCAAUGGAAGCAGAUGAGUGGCAAAUGGUCGAGAAGAAAGGCAAUCAAUUCAUGGUCAAUGGUCAGCCUUUCUAUGUCAAUGGGUUCAACACUUACUGGCUGAUGGUCUUUGCCGCCGAUCAAUCUACAAGAGGAAAGGUGACUGAGGUGUUCCAGCAAGCUUCUUCGGUGGGUUUAACAGUCUGCAGGACUUGGGCCUUCAAUGAUGGGCAGUGGCGGGCUCUUCAGAAAUCUCCAUCAGUUUAUGAUGAAGAAAUUUUUCAGGCCUUAGAUUUUGUGGUGAGUGAAGCAAAGAAGUACAAGAUCAGGCUGAUAUUGCCAUUGGUUAAUAACUGGGAUGCGUAUGGUGGCAAACCUCAGUACGUCAAAUGGGGGAAAGCCGCUGGCCUAAACUUGACAUCAGAUGAUGAAUUCUUCUCAAAUCCAACUCUCAAGAGCUAUUACAAGGCCCACGUCAAGAUGGUUUUGAAUAGAAUCAAUACGAUCACAAAUGUAACCUAUAAGGAGGAUCCUACAAUAUUUGCAUGGGAACUAAUGAACGAGCCUCGAUGCCCCUCAGAUCCCUCCGGUGAUAUUCUUCAGGAAUGGAUAGAAGAAAUGGCAGUCUACGUAAAAAGCGUAGAUCCGAAGCACCUAGUGGAGAUUGGUUUGGAAGGAUUUUACGGCCCUUCAACACCAAACAGAGUUCAGUUCAAUCCAAACACAUAUGCCCAACAAGUCGGGACUGACUUUAUAAGGAACCAUCUGGUUCUUGGUGUUGAUUUCGCAUCGGUUCACAUCUAUGCAGACUCUUGGAUUUCCCAAGAAAUUUCGGAUGCUCAUCUCCCUUUCAUCAUAUCAUGGAUGGAAGCCCACAUCGAAGAUGCCCAGAAGUACCUCAACAUGCCCGUCUUAUUCUCUGAGUUUGGCGUCUCCACUAAAGAUCCAGGAUACAACUCAACCUUCCGAGACACUCUCUUCAAGACUGUGUACAGGACCCUCCUCAACUCCACUAAGAAGGGCGGAAGUGGAGGCGGGAGCCUUCUGUGGCAGCUAUUCCCAGAUGGCACGGACUAUAUGGAUGACGGGUAUGCACUUGUUCUAUCAAGAUCUCCUUCCACUUCAAAUAUUAUAUCGCUUCACUCAACAAGAGUUGCAAUCUUCAAUUCGCUGUGCACUUGGAACUGCCAUUGGGGUUGCAAGAAGCAGCAUCCUCUCGAGGCAUUCCUCUCCACUGAUGAUGCAUAGAAUCUUUCACACUGCAUAUGUCUCUCAGACGUUACUUGAAUGGAACCGUCUCUGCCAUUACAGCACCUAAUACUCUGUAUAUGCAUAGAUAAACCAUGUAUAUCGGGUGAAAACAAUGGAACUCAUAGGCCAAAUGACGGGAUGAAGACGGAACUGAACUAAUUACUUCGACAUUGUUUCAUGUUUGCUUUCGAAAUGAAACUUUAUGGUUCUUGCUGUAAGAUUCACGGGUUGGUUCAUAUAUAGUAGAUCUGGGCAUCACACUUCUUCGUA